AUGGCCACGGAGGGCCUCACGAGAAUGGUGGAAAGCAGCAGAGGCAAAAAGUGGCCUUCAUCUAAGGAUGCUGCAACAUUUGGAUCUCCAUUGAUAAGUAUGGCAGCAGAGGAUUCGGGCUGCAUUUCGAAGGGGCGAAGUUUUCGGAGAGAUAGAGCUGAAGAUAUACCUAAUCGAAGUGGUAGUGCUCCACCAAGUAUGGAAGGUUCCUUUUCCUCUAUUGAAAACCUGUUAAGUCAACAUAACUCCAGUAUGGGAACAAGCUCGACUAAUUUAAGCAGCAUAGUUAAUAAUGUUGAGUUUGAGGAACAUCUGCGUUCAGACCCAGCUUAUUUGGCAUAUUAUUUAUCGAAUAUGAACUUGAAUGCAAGUCUUCCUCCACCACUUAUCUUACGGGAGAAUCAUCACAUGGUCCGUCAAAUUGGGGGCUUAGGCACCAAUAGGAAAUUGCCUUCUUUAGAUGACAGCAGCAAUGGAUCCUUGCAUCUUUCUCAAGGUUCUCUUCCCACUCAUAAGGAGGACCCUACUGAUGCUAGGUCAGCCACAAUAUCUAAAGAUAACCUGGCAGAAAAUAGUGGUGCAGUAAUGCCUGUCAAGAACACGGCUUCUUUGGCAAGUUAUAAUAAGAGUUUAGUGGAUCUCAUACAGCAAGACUUCCCCCGAACUCCAUCUCCUGUAUAUAAUCAAUCUCUCCCAUCCAGUCUUGGAACAACAGAUGAACAAACUGAUACUGAUGUACAUUCGAUUUCACCAAAUGCUUCUUCUCUCAACAAGUCAAAAUUACCAGAACCAAAUUCAGGGUCUACAAAUGAUUGUUCAGAUACAAGUUCCCUGGAUGCGCAUGCUGUAGGGUACAUACCAAAUGAUGUUCCUUUGGCUACCACCUCCCCAAGUAUUCAACAUCGUGAUGCUACAGGGAACCUACAGCAAGAUGAAUCUAAUAUUGAGCAUGAUGAUGGGUUGGGGAGUAAUGCAUCAAUUAGCGGUGAGCUUGGGUUGGAUCUUUCCAGGGUGAGAGCAUCUAAUGUUGAUAUCAACAAGCAAAAUGAGAAACAAUCUUAUGGGAGGUAUGUGCCACAAGACCAGUUUUCUACGCAACAAAGUGUUCCAUAUCAACGUCAGGGGGUUCAGACUCAAUUAGUUUCACAAGGAAUGAAUCAUUUGCAAAGUGGAAUGGAAAAUCUUCCCCAUGGCUAUCCAAAGUUCUCUUCUAUUGAUAUACAACCCUCAUUGCACUCACCUGGAUUCACACCUCCCUUGUACGCUACAACAGCAGCAUAUAUGACUUCAGGAAAUCCAUUCUACCCGAAUUAUCAGCCAUCUGGUAUAUUUCCUGCACAAUAUGGCGCCGGUGGAUAUGCUUUAGGUUCUACAUUUCUUCCUUCAUAUAUGCCUGGGUAUGCUUCCCAUGGUUCCUUUCCUAUGCCUUUUGAUGCUACUUCGGGGCCAAGCUUUAAUGGUCGAACUGCUGAUGUUUCAAGAGGGGAGAGAAUUCCCCAUGGAGGUGAUAUGCAACACCCAAGUAGAUUUUAUGGGCAACAUGGGCCAAUGCUCCAGCCACCUUUUUUGGAUCCCCUAAAUAUGCAAUACUAUCCACGCCCUUUGGAGGAUGCAUAUGGUGCCUCAAGUCAAUAUGGUCACUUGGCAUCAAGGGGUAUUGGUGGCCAGCUUUCACAGCAAGAACUAUAUAGUACUGCUUAUACAGGUGACCAAAAUUUUCAGUCUUCAAGUAUUGGUAAUCUGGGCAUUCCAAGUCCAAGAAAAGUGGGAAUCAAUGGUAGUGGUUACUAUGGAAAUAAUUCUACCAUGCCUAUAAUGACACAGUUUCCAGCCUCGCCUCUUGGUAGUCCAAUAUUGCCAUCAUCUCCAAUGGGUAGAACAAAUCAUCUUGGUCGGAAAAAUGAAAUCAGGUUUCCUCAAGGUUCGAUUAGUGGAGUAUAUUCUGGAUGGCAAGGGCCGAGAAGCUUCAGCUCGGAUGACCCUAAAAGACAUUCUUUUCUCGAAGAACUGAAAACUAGUAAUCCCCGUAAGUUUGAACUUUCUGAUAUAGCAGGGCGCAUUGUUGAGUUCAGUGUUGAUCAACAUGGGAGUAGAUUUAUUCAGCAGAAGCUAGAAUACUGCACUGCUGAAGACAAGGCAUCAGUUUUCAAAGAAAUUCUUCCACGUGCUUCAAAACUAAUGACAGACGUAUUUGGGAAUUAUGUUAUUCAGAAGUUUUUUGAAUAUGGGAGUGCCGAGGAGAAAAAGGAGCUUGCAGAUCAACUUGCUGGACAAAUGUUGCCUUUAAGUUUGCAGAUGUAUGGUUGCCGUGUAAUCCAAAAGGCUCUUGAAGUUAUUGAGCUUGACCAGAAAACACAACUUGUGCAUGAGCUUGAUGGACAUGUUCUGAAAUGUGUACGUGAUCAAAAUGGAAAUCAUGUAAUACAGAAGUGUAUAGAAUGCCUUCCCACAGAGAAAAUUGGAUUUAUCAUUUCUGCUUUUCGAGGCCAAGUUUCCACACUUUCUACUCAUCCCUAUGGUUGUCGCGUCAUACAGAGAGUUUUGGAGCAUUGUUCAGAUGACAUUCAAAGUCAAUCUAUAGUUGAUGAAAUCUUAGAAUCUACUUACGCUCUUGCUCAAGACCAGUAUGGGAAUUAUGUUACCCAGCAUGUUUUGGAAAGGGGAAAGCCCUAUGAAAGAAGCCAAAUUAUCAGCAAGUUGAUUGGGAAAAUUGUACAAUUGAGUCAGCAUAAAUAUGCAUCAAAUGUUGUUGAAAAGUGUCUGGAACAUGGUGAUGUUGCUGAGCGGGAGCUCUUGAUUGAGGAAAUCAUUGGGCAAAUGGAGGAAAAUGAUAGUCUGUUGCCAAUGAUGAAGGACCAAUUUGCCAAUUAUGUGGUUCAGAAGGUUCUUGAAACAAGCAAUGAUAGACAGCGGGAAACACUGCUCAAUCUUAUAAGAGUUCAUAUAGAUGCUCUGAAAAAAUAUACAUACGGGAAACACAUAGUUGUUCGGUUUGAACAGCUAUCUGGUGAAGAUGGCCAAACCUCAGAAGCUGAGGGGGCAUAG